GAGGGGAACAGUCAAAAAGGACAGUACUCACGAAAGAAAGCCCAUGUAUUGGAUUAAAAGGUUUUUGGUUAUCAAAUGCAUAUCCGAUCUGUUUUAAAGCGUUUAGAUAUAUUUUGUGACUGCGGCUGCCAGGAUAUAUAAACGAUUGUUUUGGAAUGUAAGAUGGAUCUGCCAGAGGAGAUCCUUGCACAUAUUUUUUCUUUCCUGCCUCUACAGGAUAAAUGCAAUGCAUUUACUGUUUGUAAGGCGUGGUCUUAUAUCUGUUCACAUCCAAGCUCAUGGAAAGACACAGAAGUCAGGUGUGAGUCAGGGACGAGUGUCCCUGAAAGAUUUUCUGCUCUUCUGCCACUGGUCAGAAAUUUGAAGCUGAGUAUGAGUCUGACUGAUCCAGCCAAUCGUAUAUCAGGACUGUGGGUGCUGCGGCAGGCAGUUGCCAAGGGUGAUGGGCGGCUGGAGGGACUUUCAAUCUGCUGCGUGGGGAAUACACCCCUCUUUUAUGCCGGCCAGGACCUGCAACAAGGCUUAGUGGACAUACUGACGAAUGGGUCGUCACUUACUGUGCUUGAUUUAAAGGGUGUUCCCUUUACCCUCAGUGACUCCUUCGUCAGGAGUGUAGCCAUGCUUUGUCCUGCUCUGCGAAGUCUUUACAUCAACAAUCAUUCUUUGGUGUGUGGCGUCAAUGGCGAGACACUUAGGCAAGUGCUGAAGUAUUGCCGGUCACUCAAUGUUCUUGGAGUUUUUCAGGCCAGUCUAUCACAUGAUGUUCUGAAAGAUCUUCUGUUGCCUGAGCGACCAGCGCUAAAGGCACUAAAGCUUCGUUGUGAACGCUCACUCAAAUACACACCGCCUCUCUGUGACCAAAUAUGGUCAGAGUUAAAACUGAGACACCCACAUCUUUGGGUGGAGCUCGAGCUGGACCACACCCUACCCGAGUUGCAUGUUCCAGGGGUUCUUCAACCCAGCAUCCCAGUCCGAUGUCUACACUUGCUUACUUGGACAUUGCUGUUGGAUGAGGUUCAUCUAGUAGGGCAGAGUUAUGCAAACACACUAGAGCUUCUGGAACUGCAGACACCCGCCUCUUCUGAACUAAACUCUGCUCUGAUAUCCUUAGCUAAGCAAUGUGUCAAACUUCGGGAAGUUCAUUGUUAUUGUGUGGUUUCACAAGAAGUGAUAACCGCGUUCAUCAUGCACUGUCCAAAUCUCUGCAAAUACACACUCAAAAUACAUAAAGAACCUCACCCUUGGGCCUGCAUAAAACUAAAGUAACCCUUGGGAUACAAGCUCUCAAGCACAGUUUGUGCAUGCUUGAAUAAUAAUACAGUCUUGCAUAUUUGCACUAUUUUUAAAGGCUUGGUACAUUUCUGUGGUUGGAAUGGUAUGAAAACAAAUUAUAAUAUAUACAAAUUUAUACAUUACAUUUACUGAAAAUAGAGCAAAAAAAUGCUCGCUCUUAUUGUGAUUUACAAUCCAAUUAUGUAAAGCAUCAAAUUUAGCACAUUCUUCAAUCCAAAAGUGAAAAUGCCUCUUGAAUUUCACAAUCAAUCAAUUUUUCUGUUCAACAAUCAACAGAAGUUGUAGAAUGCUGUGAUAUUUGGGACAGAAAGAUGGGCAGAGGUGCUGUUAUUGACAAGUUUGAUGAACUUCAGUGUGUCUAUGUUGACCAAAGCAAGGGAGUUAUCCUCUGGAUACACUGUCAAGAGCUACAGAACACAAAUGACACACAACAUGUGCACUAGUCUGCUGUUUUUGCAUGUAUAAUAAUAAUAGAAUAAAAUAAAACCAAACUGGCAAUUUGUG